UUGGAGUGGUGCAACUUUUGCAAUGGAGCUGAGGCCGCCGCCGCCGAAGCAGCACCACCACCACCGCCGUCGCGGCCCCGGCGAGGAGGUGGAGGAGGAGGAGGAGCACGGCGGCCGCCUGUCGCUGCGCUCCGGCACCUUCUGGCGGCAGGCGGACGGCGAGGAGAAGGGCGGGAGGAGGGGCGAGAUCAAGGAGGUGGACUUCUUCUUGGCCAGCCGCGACGCCGCCGCUGCCCGGCGGCACGACGACGGCUUCCGCGGGACGCACGGCGGUGGCGGUGGCGGUGGUGGCCGUGACGACGUCAACAUCGGGCUAGACUUGUUGACCACCGCGACUGGUGGGGCAGCUCCGGCCGUCUCAGGCGAGGGUGACGCGGCGGAGAAUCAUAGAAAGGAGGCGGCAACGGCGGCGGUGGAUGCGGAGCUCCGGCGAGUGGUGGAGGAGAACCGGCGGCUGCGGGGCAUGCUGGACGAGCUCACUCGGAGCUACAGCGCGCUGUACCAUCAGUGGCUGCAGGCCACGCAGCAGCAGAACCAUCGCCAUCCUGACCUGAUCAUGAGCAACAACCGUUCAUCACUGUCCCAAACGCACCGGACCGCGGCCGCACUGAUGAACCCGUCCACGGCGACGGCGACGACGCAGCAGUUCCUGGAGCCGCGCGCGUCGUCCACGGGGCAGCAGAUGGUGCCCGUGGCCGACGCGGACGCCGCGGCGGCGUCCGACGACGAGGCCGGCGGCGGCGCCGGGGAUGAUGCGUCUCCUUCGCUGAGCAAUGCCGCCGGGGGCGGCGGCAGCAAGAGAAGGGCUGGUGGAGACGAGACGGCGCCGGCGAGGGAGAACGGCGAUCAGGCGGCGGCGGAGCUGCCGUGCCGGAAACCGAGGGUGUCCGUGCGCGCUCGAUCCGAAGCACCAAUGAUUAGUGAUGGGUGUCAAUGGAGGAAGUACGGGCAGAAGAUGGCAAAGGGGAAUCCAUGCCCACGAGCGUACUACCGAUGCACAAUGGCUAACGGAUGCCCAGUCAGGAAGCAGGUGCAACGGUGUGCCGAGGACAAGACCGUCUUGAUCACGACCUACGAGGGCAACCACAACCACCACCUGCCGCCGGCGGCCACCACCAUGGCCAACACCACCUCCGCCGCCGCGGCCAUGCUCCUCUCCGGCCCGGCGGCCAGCCGCGACUGCGGCGCGCUGCUCGGGCACCACCACCCGGCGGCGAUGUUCCACCAGUCCUUCCCCUACGCCUCCACCAUGGCGACGCUCUCCACGUCCGCGCCGUUCCCAACCAUCACCCUCGACCUGACGCAGACGCCCGCGGGAGGCGCCGGCGGCGCCGCGGGCUUGCUGCACGCGCUCCACCGCCCGCCGCCGGCCAUCCACCCUGCCGCGGCAGCCUCGGCGAUGCCGUUCGCGGUGCCGCCGCAGCUGGCGAUGUACCUCCCGCAGAGGACUGCGCCGGGGAUGAUGCCAGCGGCCGCCGGGCUGGGCCUGGGCGCGCGGCAGCCGUCGGUGAUGGAGACGGUGACCGCGGCGCUCGCGGCCGACCCCAACUUCACGACGGCGUUGGCGGCGGCGAUCUCCUCGGUCGUGGCAGGAGGAGCUCAUCAGGCUCUGUCCACUACUCCCCGUGGCAGUGCCGGUGCCGGUGCCGGUGCCGUUGCCGGAGAUGGCAACGCAAACGGGAGCUCCGGUGCCGCCGCCUCACCAUCGCCGCCGACGGCCGAAGCACCUGCGACGUCCGGAUCACCUCCUCGGCUGGCGACGCAGUCCUGCACCACGUCAACUUGAUCACAGAAAUAUAUGGAGUAUACAUGACAUAUAUGAUGCAUGAUGAGUGCAAGAUGUUGACACAUACAUGACAUAUCCAUACUUUUUUUUUGAGAUUUGAGAUACACACUUCUUGUAUUAUGUACAGUAUAUUAUAUAAUGCAAUACUAGAUGAAUUGCAUAUACACAGACACAGAGUUAAUCCUGAUCGAUAUAACUGUCUUAU